GUUAUAAGUAUUUUUGAUGUUGCAGUGCUCAACGGUCAAGGCGACCUGUGGAACUCUUGAAAGACGAAAGCCAGCUGAGCGCAUUGUGGUCACCGACGACGGUGAAGGUCCGGCUGUACAGAUAAGUGUGAAAGUAGCUUACAGUCCGAACAAGAGCGAGAUGGAAGUUCCCUCCGAGAUAGAAUAGUUUCGCUCAGAAGAGAAAAGAAGGCCACAGGUGUAUGCAACAACGUAGUCCUGACCACGCUUAUAUUGGGCAAGACGAGCGCCGAUGCUGCGGCAACUGACGUUGGCACUGAACUCGGUGGGGACAUAUUAUUGGAAGUAUGAAAUAUGCGAAGACGCUUUUAAUGAAAGAGUAAAUCGUAUGCGGACCUCCCCAGCGCACUGCCUUCGUAUGAAAUCAAAGCGGCAACUUGGCGUAUAGUGAGUGACCAGUGAUAGCGUCUGUUUUUUUUUUAAUAUAAUUGCUCGAUACUUCAACAAAAGAGCCCAACUGUUAGCGCCGCACCGAGUGAAAUACUACACGUUUUUUUAUAUACAGCAAAGAGCAGCAGCAAUUAUAAAUCGCCUUUCAGCUUUUGUUACACAAUGACAGAAUCUUUUGUGCUGUUGGAAACGCUAGCAGAUGCCCUGAAAAACGCAAGCUGCAACGCGCUCGUCCACGGCAUUCAAACCUAGGCAGUCAGCAAUAAUGAGACGUGCCGAGCGGUUUCUUCGGAGCACCUGUUCUUCUUACAUCGUGAUCAGCACGUUGAAAAACUGCUAUUUGGGAGGACAGUCGUAUGCUUGCUGAUAUUACAGGCUGCAAUUGCUGGUGGUAAAAGCAUGAAAUUAUUCGAAAACAAAAUCCACCAUCCCGUAAGUGGUAUAGAAAACAUGGGAAGCCUCUUCAACUUCAUUAUGCAAGCGUAUGAGACGGCUGACUUUACAUACAACCAAACGUUGACAACGAAGGUUGUGGCAUCGACAAAUGAAGACAACAUGACCUAUGUGACCUCGGAGCAAGUGAAAGAGAUUGCUAUUGCGUUACGGAAUAUCACUGUACGGCAUGAAAAUCAGGUCAAACAGGCAUCUUCGAAUAACAAUUGGGGGCCUAAAGCGUUUCGUCAACUGAAGCUACUCUCGUAUUGUGUAGCUGUUCUUAAUGACCACAUUAAAAGUCUAACAUCAGCGAGGGACUUCAAAAAUCUCCUUAUUUUUCCAGGGACAAAGUGGUGUGGAAAAGGGAAUGUAUCGGAACAUAAAAAUGACCUGGGUCCCCUGCGAGGCACAGACCAAUGCUGCCGUGACCAUGAUCACGCCGUAGAAUUCAUCGAACCGCGCUCCAAGAAGUACGGGAUAGUGAACACGCGCUUGUGGCCCAUGAUGAACUGCGCUGACGACCAGAAAUUUUAUGACUGCCUGUUGGAUGACGACAGUGACAGCAACCUGAUGUCUGCAUGCGUCGGAACAAUAUAUUUUAACGCACUUGGCGCCCAAUGUUUCAAGCAAACGUACACUGUUACUUGCGUAAAAUAUGAAAGACGGCUUCUUCACGAAAGGACGUGCCGAAAAUUCAAGAUUGAUGCAUCAAAACCAACAUGGAAAUUGUCCCAUGCAAAGGACUUCCUUGGUGCCUACCUCGUGAAGUAUUAACAUGAACCGAUGCACCAGGGUGUAAGGAAAUAAAAAAGUAAAUAAAUAAGUAAAUAAAUGAAUAAAAGUACGUGGCUGUGAAA